AUGUGGAGGCGGAUCAGCGUGUACGGAUGGCAUUUGUUUGUGCUCAAUUGGACAGCGACUUGUCGACGGCUUUGUUCAUCAAAUGAAGUUCUCGUGAACGAUGUUUGUUUAAAACGAGCGAGAGUGGGUGAAGAGUGCGAAUCGAGUAAGCAAUGUCUGAGGGGUUCAUCGUGUCAUGGCGGUAUUUGUGAAUGUUCGAAAGGACAUAAACUCGUCAACGGGAAAUGUGUUCGACGAACUGGUCGACCUGUGAAUACAUGUCCUAUCGUCGGGCAAAUUCCUUACGUUGAAAGAGGAACAACAAAGAUUCGUUUCUGUUCAUCGUCGAAAAAAGUCUGUCCACGUGGAUUCAGUUGCCAGUUCAGUCUGACGGCACAACGUAAUAGUGAAGUGUGUGACAACGGUACCGCAUAUAUUGUCAAUGGUGAACCGCAAAAAUGCAUCACAACCACGUGUCCACUCGACUACGAAUGCAAAUUCUCAGAUCGAGCCAAAAAUUACUUCUGUUGUGCUCAAAAGCGUCAAGGUGCCAACGGUUGUCCAUCUGGUGAAGCACUGCUGUUUCCAUCGACCCGAACACCAGUUCAAUGCAGUGUGCAGGGUCCUAAUACAUGUCCACUUGGUUAUAAAUGUGUUCAAAGUGUCACUGAUGGUGGUUAUCAGUGCUCGCCCUGUCCGAGCAAUCAAGUACAAGUGCAGCGAGUUGUGAGUGGACGUUCGGUGAAACGAUGUGAAAGCAGUUGUCCAGAAAACCAGAUUGCAGUUCAGGGUAUUUGUAGGGAUGUCACGUUGGACGAUAGCAGUGACGCUCCAACACAGCAAUCAUAG